GGAAAGAAAAAGGCGGCCUCCAAACUCGACAAGCAAAGCAAGGAGGAGUCAGGGAAAGAAGAUAAGAAGCCAGCUGACCUUAAUGCAAGUAAUGAAAACAAAAAGAAGAGGAGGAAGAAGAAAAAGAAAGUGGGACAGGGAGGAAGUGCAGGUGGUGAGGGAGAUGCAGACAUGCCUGAACACUCAGUGGCUCCAGCUGAAGGAGAAGAGACUGCAGGAGGGCCGCAGUGUGCACCAACGCCACACUUAGAAGAGGCAGCACAGACGCAAGACACUGUGCUCCUCACUGAAGAAAACAAACAGCCUACAGUCACAGCAGAAAGCAGCCUUCCAGCUCCCUGCACCUCUGACAACAAGGACAGCUCUGAAACGCUUGCCCAGAAGAAAGAGGUGGAGACUUGUGAUGUCAGAGCCAAUGUGACGGAGGCCAAGGAGCAGCAGACUCCUGUUGUAACAGAGAGUUCCUCUGAAGGCCCUGCAACAGUCUCUGGGAAGAAGAAGAAGAAGAAGAAGAAGAAGAAGAAGAAGAAGAAGAAGAAGAGUCUGAAAGCAAAGUUACCAACUGAUGAGAUUGCUGAUGAAUCCCUGGACACCGCAGAGGCAGAGAUCACACCAGUAACUAGUGAGGAGUCUUCUGAAAGAAAUGAAACAAUGACAUCUGACACUGAGGGUAAUGCUGUGAGCACAGGAGCAGAUCUCCCAUCAGACUGUCAGCCUUCAAGGCAAGAGGGCCCGACUACUUCAGUCGAGAAGCCAACUGAUUCUACAUCCCAGAAUAACAAGAAGAAGAGUAAGAAAAAGACCCGCAAGGCUGAUGAAGUACCAGCUGUUGAGACUGAGGCACAUUUGGAGGUAGAGGAAAAACACUCUGAAGUUUCAUCAGUCUGUGAGGAAGUAUCACAAGAUGCCUCCACACAGCAGCUUAAAAAAAAUAAAAAUGCCAACCAAGUGGACACAGUUUCACCUGCUGCAGAUGAAAGCACUGUAAAACUGCUGAAAAAGAAAAAUACUCCAAAGGAACCUCAGACUUCAGAGGAAAAGGAUGCAGCAGAGGGAAACCCUCAGGCUAAAGAUGCUGAGUUUAAGAUCACCAUGACAACACCAGCAAAGAAGAAAAAUAAGUUGGCAGCAGCCAAGAUGGAUGAGCAGGAUGAAACCCAUUUACUGGUGGAUGGCUGCGUCGAUGAGCUCCAACCGGAAGGAACUGGAGCUGUGUCUUCCUGUGUGAAAGGUGUGAAGAAGAAGAAGAAGAGAAAGAUCCCAGUGACAUUUGAGUACGAGGCCGAUGAACUGGAGGCUGCAUCCACCAAUGGCCUGGCAGAGAAACCAACUGUCGCCAAGAAGCCCAAAGCAGGCACUGGUUUUGCUAAGCCAUCCAUAUCUAAAAAGUCACAAAAGAAGGCGAAGACUCCCUCAGGCUCUGCGUCUGACCUAAUCACCUUCCAGAUGAACGCUGCAGCCCCCCCGGCUCUGUUCUGCAGCAAGCCGCUGUCCGGCAAGAAGGUAAAGAACAACAGAAGAACUGAACAUCUCACAGAACGCAACAAGACGCUCUUUCAAGAAAGAGAAAUUACUCAGAGUAAGAGUGACAACGUCAAAGAAAAUUAUUUUUGGGUGAACCAUUCUCUUUUGAUUUUGCUAUUUCAGCUGUUGUGUAUUAACCGCUGGUCCGUAAACUCCAGUCCAAAGUUUGUCCUGGUUAUAUAUUUUUCAAAGCUAGGAAUGCACGUCCACAUUGAUGACCUGACAGAUUGAAGAGAAUCUUUAGGUGUACAUUCCCUGAGGCGCUAACCCCUGUAGCUCACCGCUAGCUAGUGUGUGGCAGCAGUACAGAAGCUCUUCAUGAUGAACAGCUGCAGGAGCACCAUGAUGCCAAUAUUACACAAGUAAUUCAUAUUAGCUGCUCAUUUUAGUUUUAUUCUUCUGAAAGCUGAUAUUUAAAUGACUUAACAUUAAAAACAUUGUUAUUAGGGCUGCCUUCCGCUAAAGAUUUUUCUAGUCGACUAGUAGUUGU